UUGAUUUCUAUACAGUUAACCCUCAAUUUGUAUGGAGGGUCAUAAUUUUGAAAGUAACAUUUUCAAGGAAUCGGAUGCAUUUCAUAUAAAUCCUUCUGGACAAGAUCAAGAAGAAGAGGAAGCUUUAGAGGAUCAAAGAAGGCGUAAUGAAGAGUUGCAUGAUCUUCUGGAAGGUGCUUUUAUAGAUAUAACUAAUGACAAUUCCGAAGAUGAUUCCGAUUUCCAAUCGACGUUUAAUGCUACUGAAAGCGCCAAUGGUAAUGGAUUGCAGAAUGGUCAAUGGAACGAAUCAGAAUGUGAAUCAAACGGUAACUUGUACGUCGACACUCCUCAAUCGGUUACAACUCCCACCUAUGAUGCCUCAUCGACCAGAGAAUAUUACGAUGAAGGUAUUUCACACAGUAACGUGGAUAGUCCUUUAUCCGAUUCAAAUCAACAACAAAAUCAGCUAAUGCAACAUGCAAUGAAACCACGUCGUCGAUAUUGGAGUACCCAGCAUGUCAGUUCGCUGACACCGCUCAAAGAAAUCGAUAAUGUGCAUGUUGAAUCCGAUGGGGAUGUUGAGCAACAGAUGAUUGAUGAAUAUAAUGAUAUGGAAAUCGCUGAUACAAAACAGUUGGCGUUAAUGUAUCAAGCACGAGUACGGGAUUGUGAGAAAUUGGCACGACGUGUUUCUGAACUGGAGGAGACUUUAAAAACGGAAAUUCAGCAAAAGGAUACUGUGAUUCAUCAGAAGGAGAUGGAGUUGGAUAACGCAACCAUGACUUUUGGUGCUAAUAAAGCCUUGUUGAUUGAAGCUCAACAAAAAGUUAAGGAAUAUAAGGCAAUAGUUGACGAAGUAACUAAAGAAAGAGAUGUUAUCAAAACGGAAAAAACUAAGAUGGAAUAUGAGCUGGAGAAUACAAGACGAGAUUUAGUUGAAGCCGAAAACAACGCAAUUUAUACGAAAUCAAAAAUAAAUGAAGAUCAUGCAACUCAAAUUAAUAAAAUCAAUUCGAAGCAUAAAGAUGAAAUUAAAAAAUUUCAAAAUAUAAUCGAUGACCAGGCGACGAAACUUCAAGAUAUGCAAAAACGAAUCACGGAUUUAACUCAUGUUAACGACAAUCUAAUGACGAAUCAAUACGAUCUUACUAAACGUAUGAAUAAUAUUAUGGAUGAAUUGACAAUCGAACGCGAAAAUUUACGGCGAGCAAAUGAAGAAAUGUUGCAAAUGAAGGAUGUUGUCUCCGAACGUGAUCUAUUAAAACGAAAAGUCAAGGAUCUCGAAGAAAAACUAAAUGAAUUACUAUAUGAAAUAUCGAAAAUCCAAAAAGAGAAAUGCUUAUCAAGACGUGAUAAAUGCGCCCAAACGGAUGAUAUAUCAUUACCAUCGAAUCAAAUAGAAACUGAAUUGAAACGUUCGUUGGAAUCGUUGCGAAUGAAACGUGAUGAAAUUGUACAAAUGAAACAAAUUAUCUCCGAACAGCAGCAGAUGAUUGCUAUGUUAAGCGCACAUUCUCAGGGUGUUUCAACCGAAUGUCAAACAUCCGAAGAAUCUGCAAAUCAGCGCAAUCAAGGUGAACAAACCGAUUUACUUAGCAACGAUAUCCAUAAGUAUAAAUCACAGCUCGCAAUAUUGGAACAAGAAAUCUCUCAAAAAGAUGUCGACUUGAACAGAUAUCGUCAUAAAUUACAAAAAUUGGAAAACGAUUUCGAUGAACUGAAACGAAGUGAUACGACAACGAUUAACGAUUACAAUCGCUUACAUCAAGAUUAUGAAAAAUUAGCUUCAGAUUAUCAAAAACGUGGCGAAACUAUAAAUAUCUUACAAAAGGAGUUAGAAGCAUUGCGGAACGAUUUUAUAUCAUUUCAAGAGACGAGUACUUUGCAAACAUCCCCUGCGAAAGACACAACGAAUGGUGGGGAAGAUUCAAAUAAUUACCAACAAUUAAUCGAUACAAUUCGAAAUGAGCUUCAAGUUAUGUCUAACAAAAAUAAAAACAUUAAAACAUCGUUACUUGAUAAAGCAAACGAACUCGUACAAGUUACUGAAGAAAAUCAAGAACUACGUCAAAAAAUCAUGGAAUUAGAAACCGUACAACACGACAAAUGUCAUGAAGAAAUCGUUGCCUUACGCAACAGCUUAGAGAUACGUAAUCAAAAUUCGGAAGCUUUUCAAACGAUUAUUGAAAAUUUAAAGAUAAAAUUACGUGAGGCGGAAGAACGUUUAAUACAAGUGUGCGAUUUAGAGAAUACGAAUAAAUCGUUGCGUAAACAAUUGAAUCGAAAUAACAAUAAUUAUGAUAGUGUGCGUAAUGAAAUUCAUGCGAUGCGUAAUAGUUUAGUGAAGUUUAUUGGGGAACAGUUAACUGAUAUGGAAGAAAAUUUUGAUUGUUCAAAUACAGAGGAAGAAUUGUUGCGACAGUUAGCAUCGUUGAAACAUAUUUAUGAAAAAAUUAUCUCAAGUAAAUCGCAAGUGAUUCAAGUACAAUUGCUUGAAAUUCAGAAACUUCAAGCUGAAAUUGAAAAGUACAGGAACUUUGAUAAGGAAGUGCGCGAAGCUAUCGAAACUCAAAUAUCCGUCCUAAAAACUGCAUGUGAGGAAAAAAUGGCUAACGCCAAAAUGCAAUGUUAUAUAGUAUUAGAUAGAGAAGAAGAUUCACAACAAACUACUUCUCCAGAGAAAAUUUCCGAAGACUCAACAACUGUAGAUCGUAUAAAUGCAUUAGUGGCGCAAGUGAAUUGCUUAAAAUUCGAACGAGAUAAGUAUUUAAAAGCAUCUGGUAUGGUUAAUGAAUUAAUGUACCGCAUCCAAAUCUUUGAAGAACAAAAUGCACGAUUAAUUUCGGAGCUAGAACAUGCAAAUCAAGAUCUCGAGGUAUCCAAACAACGAAUCAACAGCUUACAAAAUCAUGAGGCUACAAUUGUUUCGCUCCAAAAACAAAUUAAAGAGUUGAAAUUGGUGAUUAAACAGUAUAAUAAAAAUAAAGCAACAUACGCUGGAAGUCCAGAAAUUAAGGAGCUCCAACAGCAACUGGUCACAAUUCAAACAAGGCAUAGUCAAGAAAUCGAACAAUUACAGACAUCGUUGAAAGAUGUGAUGAAACAAGAAAUUGAAACAAUUCAAACUCAAUUUCAUAAGAAAAUUAUUUCGCUGGAAUCGGAAAAACAAUAUUUGGAGAAUUGUUUACGAAGUGUGGAGGAACAUUCAAAGGAAAUGAUACAGAAAUGCCAACAGGAGAAAGCAAAUUUGAAUGCGAUUAUCGAAGUAAAUGUUGCGAAAUUGAAUGAAAUGAAUACGAAAAUUGCUAAUUUUGAUCAACGUGAAAUUGAUUGGAAGGAAAAAGAAACCGCUUUGCUGAAAGAAAAACGUACUUUGACAAAAGGUUUGGAUAAAUUUGCAAAAGCAAUGCUCGAACUAUAUAUCAAACAUAAACACAUGACUGGCGAAAUAAAACGUAUGAAAGAGGAAAAACAUUCAUGUUUCGAGUACGCUUACUGCUUAAAGAAAAAACUCAAUCAACUCAAAGAUCAAGCAACAUGUCCUGGUACAACCGGGGCAACAACAUCUAGUCAAACUCGAGCUCGUCGAUCGUUAAGUGAAAGUUCUACGCCGUUAAAUACCACAGCCCUUCAAAUUAAUCAACACGCCAUGAAAAAAUCCAGUAGUUCUCAACAUAAUUCACGUAGUGCAAAAAAAAUUGGUAACAAAUUACCGAUUUCCAGUGUGAAAUUAAAAAUUAAUAGUAAAGCAUCUUAUAAAAGGGCUACGCCUCGCAUUAAUACUUCAUCACUUCAUAUGCAUUCAUCGUCAUCGUUAGAUGCACCACAAGUUGUGGAAGCGUAUCGAAAUCGUAAUCGUAUACGUAAAUCAUCGGUAUCGAAAGAUUAGACGUAGGCGUUUUUUUUUCUUAGGUAGUAUUAAAAUCGAUAUAUAUUUUUGGAUCGUGAGUAAAUCGGAAAUAAACACGAAUUAACUAUUUAGUAUGAUCUUUAAUUUGCUUUCUAGUAUUUUUAAACACCCUUCUGCAGAAUUAUUUUGGAAAUAGAGUACUUCAGAUGAACUCAUGAUUUUUUUACUUUAGAAUUCAAAGCUUCU